AUGAGCAGUUGUUUGUUUACUCGGAGCGGACACUCCUUUGAGCAAGGGUCAAGGUUCUUGUGUUUUUAAACAUUUACCGCCCAACCUUGGAAUCAAAAUGGAAACAUGAAUAACUGGGAAGCGUAAUUAAGCUGCAGCCUUAAUAUUAUCCUGCACUUCCGUGGCUUUUGGGGCAAGGAUGAGGGAUCUUCAAGGCGUUGACAGCUUGCUCUUGAAAGAGUUGAAGUCAUGCUGUGCCAAAGAGUACAACUUUCUUCCAAGGGAAACUGGCCUGAAACUGAUGGAGUCUGCUUCCACAGAGAAUCACAGUGGCGUGUCGGCGAAAUGCAGAGACACCAGAGUGGAAGAACUGUGGGGUCUGACCAGUUUCUUUGGCUAUAGCACCCAGACUUUUGUGCAAGCUGUCAAUUUGCUUGACAGAUUCCUCGCCAUUAUGAAGGUGCAGCCAAAACAUUUGCCCUGUAUUGGAGUCUGCUGUCUCCACAUUGCUGCCAAAAUGGUCGAGGAAGAGAGCAAUAUCUCAACCACCCAUGAACUCAUUCGCAUCAGCCAAAGCAAGUUCACUGUGUCAGACCUCUGUCGUAUGGAGAAGAUCAUCUCAGAGAAGCUCAGCGUGGAGCCCAAAGUAGUGACGGCCUUAACUUUUCUACAGCUCUACUAUUCGGCCUUCACAUCCCUGUCUGCUGGAAGGGAGGAGAUCCCAAGCAUUGGGAGACUGGAAGCCCAGCUAAAAGCCUGCUUAUGCCGGCUUGUUUUCUCUAAAGCAAAACCAUCAGUGCUGGCACUGUCCCUCAUUGCUCAGGAGUUCGAAGCCCUUCAGUCCAUCACCUCGUUGAAGAUUGUCCAGCAAUUCCAAAGAUAUCUAAAGAUUAGUGACAGCGCGCUGCACCACUGGAAGGAACUUGUGGCAAAGUGCAUGACCGAGUACCGCUCAAGCGAAUGUAACAAACCUGACAACAAAAAGCUUGUUUGGAUCGUGUCCAGGAGAACAGCUCAGAAUCUUCAGGCCAGUCAUUUCAGUGUACCUGGCCUGCCAACUAUUCCCGAAGGGAGCUGGGAUGAGAGUGAGAGUGAGGACUCGUGUGAAGACAUGAGCUGUGGAGAAGACAGCCCAUGUGGCUCACCAGGCAGUGAUGGCGAAGGAGCCUUCUUCCCCUCGGCCUAUCUCAACCGCAGAAAGUGACGCUUCCUCAUCGUGCAUUAAUGACAGAUGUGUGAUUGUCCUUCUGAAUUGUAACUAACUUUAAGGUGGUCAACAUGUUUCAGCGCAAACCUCUAUGUUUCACUCGCCACGUGUACGUAGGUGAGCCAAGUGACGGGAUUUGAUCAUUAAGUGCCUGUGUUCGGUUUACUGUCUGUGUCUUUUUAUUGUUACAAAACAUAUCGGAAUAAUGCAAAACGGAAAAUUGCUAAAUCUCGGCAGCUUGAUGGCAAUACAUCAGAAUGUCUUCUUUUCCAAGACUUUGUGUUUGUUUGUGUCCCAAGUUUUGACACAUUCCAGGAAAAAUAGUGACGCUCAAGGGAGAACUUACAGAUGUCAGUCAUGAGGUACACUUAUCUGUUGAACACCAGCUAACAUACUAGCACAUUCUCAAUCUUUUUUUUUUUUUUAAACCUGUUUUUAUACUCAAUACCACACAUAAAUACAGUAUUCUGCAAAUGUUUAUGUACGUACACGAUUCUAAUGUGACAUAUAAAACCUUGUAGUGUGAAAAGCAGACUGUAUAUGCAUGGAAACGUUGAAAUGUGAUUAUGAGCGGUUGUUGUUUACUAUGUUUACCAAGAUAAGCUUACUGUAAAAAAAAAACAAAAUGUUUAAAAAAAUGUACAUAAUGUGUAAAAAACAAAAAGAAGAAAAAACUUUAUGUUUUGUGACUGCGACAUAAUGUGUGUUGUAUCUGGAUAUAAUAUCACAAAUGAAAUAUGUUGGAAGGGUCAGAAAUAAUCCUUCCAAAUAAAAAAAAGUACUUUUUA